ACUCAUUCUCCAAAAAUACAUGGCGCCUUCCUAGGGCCCGCUGCUCGCGGUUUUGUACUGUAGCGCCAGUGGGUGGUUUUUUCCCCUUCUCUUGGCACGAUAUCGCAACGUUCAAACCCCACAUUUGUGUAGGCAUCAGGGCCGACAUCAUCGGGGGAGCACAUUCAGCCUAGCAUGUGCAAACCGCCUAUCGUACCCUGUGUGUAUGCUACCUGCUAUGUACCUCGCCAACCUACCCACUUUGCGAAGAUAUGGAAGGUCCCCCCUUCAAAGCUAACGUCAUCUUCGGUGCCCUUUGGUACCAGCUUGGCGCACUGGUUAGCCUGGCUAUUGGCAGCAGGGUCGGGUCCUCGGGACUCCCCAAUUCCGGUGUACCAUUCCGCCCUGGGCAGCAAGUGGGGGGGGCUACGAUCUGACGCCAUUUUUUCCUUCGAGAACAAAAUGGGACCCAAGACAUGGUAUACCGUAGUGGACUCCGCAAUCCUGUGUCGUACGUACGUACCUCGCCUACCUACCUAGGCACCCACCUACAGGUACCUAGGUAGGUACCCAAUAGCAACGAAGGGUAGGUACGCGUAUUUGUAGAGUGGUUUCCUCACGAAACCCCGUUUUCGACCU